AUGCGGGGCCGCCGGCUCGACCACCGUCCCCCCUACAGCCCUGGCCGCAGCCCCGCCGCGCCCGGCUACCGUCCCCGCCGCAGCUCUCGAAGCCCCUCCCCUGCCUACCGUUCUCUCCGCAGCCCCUCCCCGGGAUUCCGCCGUCGCCAGAGUCCUCGGGGCCCAUCGCCGCACCGCAGCCGCAGCCGCUCUCCGGCCCACCGCGCGAGGCGUCUGAGGGAUGAAGAUCUGCCCCGCCACGGGCAAGGGGACUACGGGAGGCCGCCCUACCAGCAGGAGCGCGAGCGCUACGACUACGGUGCUCGUGGCAGACGCAGCCCGAGAGGAGGCGGCGACCGUGGCUCAAGGGGAAGCCACGACGGUCGCAAUGAGCGAGCCCUGAACAGGAGCUAUGACGAUCGCGCGAUGAGCGGGAGGUAUGAUACUCGGCCAGACUACCUGCUCCGGGAACAUCCAUCCGGCCUGGGGCGUGCUGCCAAGAAUGAAAGUGACUUCUUUGGAGGUCCUGCUGGCCGAAGCAUUGACAAGGAUGACGAGUUCUAUGGAGGCGCUGGUAUGAAGCUCAGUUCCACGGGAUUGGGAAGGGCUAGCUCGCUGUACCUGGACCGAAGGUCGCCUCCUCCACCACCACCACCUGCGAUUCCACUGGCGCCAAUGUACCCCUCGGUGCCGCUUACAGAGACUGGAUACCUGACAGGGGGGUCAACGGUGAAGGGCGGGGAGAGCUUUGGCGAUGCAGGUUCACGAUUACCUCACAAUGACAGUGGGUUUCAGUACCGCGACCGUUUGCUUGGUCCGUAUACUGGGAGCAGAGAAGUUGAGAGGCUUGGCUCUGGGAGAGACAUGCUUAGUGGCAGGGAUGGGGAAAUGGAUAGGCUUUACUCUAGUAGGGGCGCGCUUUCUUCUGACAUCGCGCCAUCUCUGCAGUUGAAGCGCUAUGCUGGUUCUUCACCACCUGUACUUGCCAAGGACAGCCCGUAUCGAGUGCACGGUGAAGGUUAUGAGCCAAGCAAUGGUUAUGGGAUGAGUGGCAUUGGUAGACCAGACUCCUUAGGACAUGGGAGUGGUUAUGCUCACAGGUUCUCAGAAAGUUCACUAGAGCGUGGCAGUGGUCACGAUGACAAGAUAUCACUGGACAUAACAAGGCAGGUACACUCGAAGUAUCCGCCAAGAACUUCAUCCGCAGAAUAUGAUGCAGGCGGAUAUGGCCGAAGGAUUCAAAUAAAUGACACAUACCUUGCAUCUGGGAACUUACAUGGAAGUGUCUCACAGGAUUCAAGGGCUAGCACUAGGAACACAUUGGUCUCAUCACCUUUGAGAGACCUCAAGGAUGAAAGGAGUAACCGACAGGUGAGACUAUCCCGCAGGAUGGGAGAGGAUGCCAUGGAAUACAAUGUGCAGGAUAGUUAUCAUAGAGAUACAUCCCCACGUUAUCACAAGCAAAGGGGAGCUCGUAUACGCUACUCACGCUCUCCUGAAACUCCCCCUCUUGAUUUUGCAAGGCGCCCAGUUCGUCAACAUGAGUUAGCUACUUUUGAGGGCAGCUAUGAGUUAAGUGAUCAGGAAGUUUCUCCAGCUGCUUAUAGAAGAGGACCUCGAGGAGCUGCAUAUAGUAACCGCGAUAUGGAUGCAUAUCAAGAUGAUUUCCCUCGAGGACGAGAGUAUUACGAUGAUGGAAUUGGACCAGAGCAUUACAACGAUGUAAUUGAUGCAUAUGACCUAUCCCCUGAGCCAAGGUCACGAAGAAGUUGUGAUAUCAUAGACAACGAAGAUGGAUAUGAGCCAAGAUAUGAUGUACCGAGGAGUCGUAAUGUUUUCUCAAGGAUUGCUUUGCCAGAUAACAUAAAUGGUGAAUGGAUUGGUGCGGAUCAAGGAAAUCAUCCUCGUCCUAUCACGCUGGCUCAUGGGCGUACAAAAUACAAACCUAUAUCUCAGAGACUGUCCAGACCUAUAGGCCAGCCACAGAAUGGGGGAUCUGCUAUGCUUGGAGGUGGAAGAGGAGGAUGGACAAAAAGUACGAAAAAGAGAAUGAGAGAUGGUCCUCCCCAAUUCCAUGGUGGAUAUACAUCAGAGAGAAAUGAAUUUGUUAGGACAAACAAAAUUUCAAAGUUGUCAGAAGAUGAUCAGAAAGAUACCGAACCAAACUAUGAAGAUGCACCUGAUGAAGAGGAUCUUUCUGUGCAGAAAGAUCCACCAGAAGGUUCAGAAGAAUUCAGUAAACAAGUUCACCAGGCCUUCCUCAAGUUCUCAAAGAUAUUAAAUGAGAGCCUGACCAUGCAGAAGAGAUACCGUGAGGCACCAAAAGGAUCUUUAUCGUGCUGUGUUUGUGGCAGUGUGGCAAGGAAGUUUCUGGACAUUGAUGCCUUGAUGUCACAUGCUUACGAUACAUGCAAACCGGGCUUGAAAACAAAACAUUUAGGGUUUCGCAAGGCACUCUGUGUUCUGAUGGGGUGGAAUUGGCAACUUGCUCCAGACCCUUCAAAAGCAUAUCAGUCCUUUUCCUCUGAGGAAGUAAAUGCCAUGAAGGGAGAUCUGAUCUUAUGGCCUCCGGUUGUCGUGAUACAUAACAGCUCCAUUGCAAACAAGCUGAAGGUUGCUGAAGCAAAGAUUGUGUCAGUAGAAGAAAUCGAAGGUGUACUUGCAGAUAUUGGGUUUGCAUCUGCCAAGGCAAAAAUAACCCAUGGAAAACCAUCCGAUCAGAGCGUGUUUGUGUUGAAGUUCCCUCCAACAAUAUCUGGAUUUCAGGAAGCAAUGAGAAUCCACGAUCAUUUCAGGGCUGAGAACCACGGCAAGGAAGAACUUGAGCAGACAAAAGGUGAGAAAGGUAAGAAGGCAGCUCCUGCUGACAAACUGGAAGAGCUGCUGUACGCACACAUUGCACUCGCUGAAGAUCUCGUGUACCUGGACGACGAGACGAAAAAGAGGUGCGUCGUCAGUAGCAAGAACGAGAUCGAAGCCAAGGCUGAUGCAACGCUGAACCUAGACUCAUGAAGCGGGGUAAACAAAUUUAGAUUAGGUUAGGUCAUCUAUGUUUCAAACAGUUGAAGCUAUCUUCCUUUUGCUUGAUCUUUGGGGUUGCUUGUCCAAGUGGCCGUAACCUGAAGAAUCUAUGGUCAUGUAUUGAACCUUCUUGUUAUGAUCAAAACAUGUUAGUUUCAUGUUCCA